AUUUUGAAUUUUCUUUUCAGUUCUCUUUUUUCCAGCAACUUAAUGUCUUCCAAUGCAUCUCUGUCCACCAAGGACAAUGAUGACAUCAUCAUUAGAAACAUCAAGCUUGUCCUCUACACAGUGACCGUUGUCCUCGGCAUCACAGGAAACGCUGUGGUGAUCUGGAUGGCUGGAAUCAAACUUAAGCCAGCAGUCAACAGUGUGUGGCUGGUGAAUCUGGCGAUAGCAGAUCUGAUUUUCUGUUUCACACGAAUCUUCUCCAUCAUCCAGAUAAAGUUAGAACGGUGGCCUUUUGGUCUCUUUCUCUGCCAGUUUCAUGGUUUGUUCAAACACACCAACAUGUUCUGCUCUGUCUUCCUGCUGGCUGUGAUCAGUCUGGAUCGAGUGCUUUGCGUCCGUCAGCCCAUCCUCACGAAGCGUCGACGCACCCUCUUCGCAGCGAGGGUGGUGGCAGUCUGUGUCUGGAUUAUAGCGCUCCUCUUCAGUAUUCCUUUCUUCACCUUCCGCAAAAUCUACAUGGACAACAACAACCAAACUAAGUGUAAAAUGGUGUGGGUGGAGAAGCCAAAGGAAAACAAAAACACCAAAGUUGCUCUCUACUCCAUGCAAUUCAUAUUCAGCUUCAUAUUUCCCUUUAUGGUCAUUCUCAUCUGUUACAUCCUGCUUGGCCUGGGCCUCCGACGCACUCGUCUGUCAGGGAAAUCUCGGCCCCUUCGUAUAUUAGUAUGUUUGGUCAUUGCCUUCUUCCUGUGCUGGGCACCUUAUCAGUGCCUUGUAUUUGUAGACAUGGUGUAUAAUGAAAACAAAGUGGUGAAAAAGUGGUACUCUAUAACAAAGAGCAUUGCUUACUUUAACAGCUGUGUGAACCCGGUGUUAUAUUUCUGUAUGGGGCUAAAAUUCAAGGAGGGGUUUAGACAGAAACUCAUGAGAGUUUAUAAAAGGGCUCUGAGAGAUGAUAUGGAUGGCCAGAUGGCUCAGCCAACUGAUCCCUCUUUGGAUUAAAGCUCCGGGUUAAAACAGAGAGUUGGCGGAAAGGAGUGGAUGUAAGUAAAUUUUACCUUUCCCCAGAAAAAUACAUGUCCUUAUACAUAACCAUUAAUAUAAUAUUGAAAUGCCGAAAAAAAAAUUUGCUUCCAUUAUAUGAUCAAAACCAGUAUUUCAGAGUGAAACAUAAAAGGUGGGAAGACUAUAGUAAUGAUAAUCGGUCAAAUUAAAAGAUUUAUCAACAGGCUCAACAAAACAGGUGUGUGAACUCCUACCUUUCACUAAAUCUGUUUCACCAUCA